AUGGCUUCCACCAACACCCAAUUGCAGGACGGAGCUUCUCUCCCUUCUAGGUCUAGUUCAUGGAAAUACGAUGUCUUCUUGAGCUUCAGAGGCGAAGACACCCGAAACGGUAUUGUUGACCAUCUCUAUUCGGCUCUGCAUGAGAAGGUCAUUUUCACGUUCAAGGAUGACCAGAGGCUCGAGAGAGGUGAAUCGAUUUCUCCGACGCUCCUGAAAGCCAUCGAAGAGUCGAGAUUUGCCGUGGUUGUUUUCUCCAAGAACUACGUUUCUUCAACGCGGUGCUUGGAGGAACUCGUUCACAUCAUCGAGUGCCAGAAGACGAGGGCGCUCACCGUUUUGCCGGUGUUCUACAAAGUAGAUCCCUCGGAUUUACGAAAACAAAGAGGGAGCGUUGGAGAAGUAUUCGCCAAACACGAACAAUAUUCCAGUGAAGAGAAGGUGCAGAGAUAG